AUGUUCACGGACGAAGAAAUGUCGAUCGACCAAGCACUCGGGUACCCAGAAGCCUAUGCCAAGCUCAGUCGAGACCGGAGUUUCAGUCCCUUUAACAAUGGCCCUCCUUUUACUUUCACUCCCUAUUCUCUCUCACAGCAAGAGGAUUCAAGAGCGAUGGAAUUAGAUGAGAUGUUCCCAAUCAUUGAUCCCAAAGCAAAACCCACAACAAAGCCCAAGAUUUUUCUCAGUCUUCUGUGGAAAAAGCUGAAUCAUCUUGGGAAUGCUGGUUUUGAUCCAGAAAUAUUUCGAGUAGAUCCAUAUGGAAAUGUUCUAUUCUAUCAUGCAGAUUCAGCGUCACCUCUUGCAUGGGAUAUUGACCAUUGGUUCCCUUGCUCAAGAGGGGGUUUGACUGUUCCAAGCAAUCUAAGAAUAUUGCAAUGGCAAGUGUGCAAGAGAAAACAUAAUAAACUAGAAUAUCUUAUUCCCUGGUGGGAUUUUCAAUUGGGCAUUUCAAUCAAUCAGUUCAUGUCCAUCUUUGCUUCAUCAAAUUCAGAUUUCAGGCACAGGGCAUUUUCAUGGUUAUUUUCUGAAGGUGAAAGUGAAGAACUGAAUGCUUCACAAACAGUUGAUUCACACAGUUUCCCUCAACAUUUCAUGGAAUCCAAAGAAAAACUAGGUUUGGCUCCUGCUGCUGUUGUACUAUCUCGAAGGGGGUCUUACGAUGCUCCAUGGAAAUCAACUGAUCUGACCAAAAGACCACGAUCAAGUACCCCGAUCAUAGCUGCAAGGAAAUUGAAUCCUCUUCUGAAAGAAAAUGAAGAUCCGAAUAUGGUGAGCAACCCGUAUCAGGCCAUUGUUAUGGCCAGAGAUUCGUUGAAACAGAGAGAGGAAACAGUAAAGAUGCAAGCAGAAAUAAGGAAAUUAGAUAAUGAAGUCAAUGGAUUGCAGCAGAAGUCUGAGGAGGAGAAAGUUACAAUCCAAGACCUGGAAUUAGCACUGAUAAAGAGAAGAAGACGGGCUGAAAAGUGUCGAAGGCUAGCUGAGACACAAUCUUCCUACAGAGCAAUGUUAGAGAAGAUGAUUCGAGAUGCCAUGCACCAGAGUGUUGUCUAUAAAGAACAAGUGAGGCUGAAUCAAGCAGCAGCUAGUGCCCUUUUAGCUAGACUUGAAGCUCAGAAAGCAAUUUGCGACUCUGCUGAAAGAGAACUACAAAGGAAAUAUAAACAAAGAGACGAGCUAGAGAAGCAGAUAAGACCCGAAUGGGAACAGGCAAGGAAGAGAUCAAGAAUGGAUGAUACCCUUGAAGAAGAGAAAGACGAUAGGCUUGUUUUGUAUUCGCCAAAUAACAAGGCAAAAAGGCAACUACAGAUUGAGACGAAUGAUUCCUUGGCCCCUUUGCACAAGGAACUGUGGAAAUUCUUGGAGGAAGAACAAAAAGCUUCGGAUGCAAGUUUACUAAUGAUUAAAGAACGAGAAGAAGAAGAAGAAGAACUCGACAAGGGAUGCAGAGAAAACGGUGACAAAAUUAGCAAAAAGAAGCAUGAGAAAGGUAACAAAACCAUGGUUGUGGAAGAAGAUGGUACUCCAAUUGAAGAAAGGCUUGAAAAGUUGGAUAGACGGCAAGGGGGGACCGUUUGCAACAUUCAAUUCCCAAUUCAUCAUGAACCGGAUGAAGAGAAGGAUGAAGAGAGCAGAAAACAAGAAGGGAAAGGAAAUAUAGAGAAGUGGCUUCAGUUGCUGUUAGAGAAUACGCUAGAAGAUGAUGUCUCAAAGCCUAAAAAUGUCAACGAGAAUGAAACUGAUGAAUUAAUUCGGAAGCUGGAUCUCAUGUCUGCAGAGAAGGAGACUAUGGAACAGUUGGAGCAAGAAGAUGAUCUCUUAAAUCCUAAAAUUGCCGAUGAGAAUGAAACUGAAGAAUUAAUCCGGAGGCUGGAUCUCUCGUCUCCGGAGAGGGAGAUCAUAGAAUCAAGAGCCAAGGAAUCACAAACUAAAGGGAGUACAGAACAGUUGGACAAGAUAAGGAGGAUGGAAGCUAUGAAGUCGCCCUCAAGCAACGAAAAAGAGGAUGGGAAAAUGAAUGCAAUUGCUAAUGUGACCAAUACAAACACUCCCUUAAAGAACCCUCCUUACAGAGUCGAACCACAGAGAAGAAGCUACACGAAUGAAUCGGGUUCGACUGGUACAGGAGUCGGACAACCUGGUAGCUGUGAAGAGAAUGCGAGAAUGGGAAAAAGCCGAAAGGGAAGGGAACUUUUGAGGUCAGAGAGUGCCAGGGCAUUUCGGCGAAUCCCAUCUUCUCCAUCUCUGAUAUUGGGGAGCAUGAAAAAGAAAGUGGAUUGCAUGAGAAAAAAGCCUUCGGUACUCGAUGACAAUGAUAUCGAUGAUGUUCGUGUAGCCCGUAACAGCUUCAUUAAAUCAUCAAUCAAGACAAUAAAGAGAGCAGUGAAGAUUUAG